AUGACAGAGACGUACUUAUCUUCCUCCUGCCGUCCUCUGUCAGAGAAUCUUUUUAAGAAAGGAUACAGAGCAAGAUUCUGCCAUGGAGGAGGAAAUAAGAUUGAUAUACAACCAGGUCAAAAUGUCCUGAAACUCAUACGGGAUUGUUUCGAAAAUUGUGGCAGUGAUCUUACAAUAAACUCUCCGAGUGCAACCUGUUGCUCAACUCCUGUUGUCGGAAACGAGAAGAGGACUUCGAUACAGAGUCAAAGGGUAACGUUAACUAACUCUGUGAAAGGAGCCUGUAGUUCUGCAGAGUUUUCACCUGUGUCACAACUGAAAACAGUCAGCAGCAGAGGAUGGUCACAAGAAUCACCCCUGAAGCCUGCAAUACAUGAUUAUGUAGCUGAUUCUGAAAAAACAGUGUCUCCUGUGUCUAAAAGACAAACAAAUAAUGUAUUAAAAUAUGUUGAAGCACUAUGCAGAAGUCCUGCCGUGUCUUCGGACCCUGAGGAUGAUAAUGGGUUUGUUGGAUCACCUCUUCUUAUGGAGGAAGCAAACAGUUCUCCUGUACAUACAUUACAUUUUGAUGACCAAAAUAGUCCUCCUGCAGUGAAGAGCCACGUGGAAGUUGAAAAUUUGGAAGGACCUCAGACUGGGAGAGAUGAGAAGGUUGUUCUCGUGCAAGGAACAGAAUGUAUUGCUACAUCUUCUGCACAGAAAGAGAAGUCUUUCUCUUCAGUUGUCUUAGCAGCUGUAGCAACAGGCACGCUUGGAAAAAGGUAUUCAGCCUCAAUAUCACCACCAUCACCUCCUCCUGUGGAAGAUCAAGAUGUAGAAAUAGAAAAUGAAUGUGAAUUUUUAAUUGAUGAUUCGGAUGGUGUAUCUUUUAAUUCUUGGUUUUCAAUACCCCAUAAGAACAAAAAAUCAAAAAAAGAUGGCUCUGCAACUCCUGUUUCUAAAACUCAGCUGUCUGAAAAUGAGAAGACAGAGAAUAAGAAAGACAAGAACAGAAAAGUACAGGUUGAAGCGUUUACUGAACAGAAAAUGGAUGAUUUGAAUGUCAGGGUACAUGACUUCGAAGGAGCAUCAGAAUCAGAUCCAGUCUCUAACAGUGAAGGAAAAGUCCUUAAAUCUCAAAGGCAAACCAGUACUUGUAAGGGAAAGACUGAAAAGGAUGCACUUAGGCAACGUUCUCCAAACCAGAGAAGGGACACAUCCUGGAAACUAGAAGCUGAAGAACUGAUGUUGUCACUGUCUGAAUUGGAAACAAAAGCAUCUGAUGCAGAGCAGUGUAAAACAAGGGUGAUGUCAAGUGAGGAUUCACUUAUGCCCUCAGCUGGGCAUCAGCAAGAGUGGACUGUGUCUCCGAAAAAGAAUCUCAAGUCUUCCAAGUAUCUGCAGUUGGCUUCAAAAGCUGCUCAGCAUUUAGUUCACAAGAAAAAAACUGCUAAACAGAAACUUCCAAAGGAGGCAGUAGCUAAGAGACUGGCAGAAAGUACAAGGAACAAGCUGAAAAAAUCUGUCAAGAAAAUUAGCAGUAAAAAGCCUCAGUUACAAAGAGAGGAGAGUUCUGACAGUGAACCUGGUGAAGAAGAACUUGAAAGAGAGCCUGUAAAACUAAAUGAAGUCUUUACCUCACCCCUGCAUCAGAAAUUACAGACUUCUGUGAUUCAGACGUUGGCUAAGUCUGAAAAUCCUAAAAAUGUAUUGCACACACUGGAGUCACUUGGUGGUGCAAAUAACAAAACUCCUGUAAAAGCAAUACACCAUCUCGUGGACAGCGUGAAGAAUUCUGAAAACAAACGGUUGUCAGCUAAGUCUUCAGGGAAGAUACCUGAAAAGAUUCCUCACAGAACCAGUAAAGGUGUUUGCUCAAACCCUGAGGACACUGAAUCUCGACUGAAUUGUGACAGCUCUUCUGUACAGGACAUGCCAAGAAAAAACCAGAAGUUAUCAGAUGUGAAAAUAAAAAGUAAAAAAAGAAAACGUAAAACGCAACAUGGACUACAAGAUGCUUUUGCAGUUGAGAAGGUUAUGGGUCACGAAAGUGGGCCUGUUCUAGAACAGUGUGAUAAAUUUGCUUCCCGAAGUAAGUCUUGUGAACAGGAUGAUACAUCUUCAGAUAAUUCUGAAGACUUGAAUUGUCAAGUAAGAAAUCUGUUGUCUGACAACAUAGCAAGGCAUAAAAUAGUAAUGCCUUCCAACACACCUAAUGUUCGUCGGACAAAAAGGAUACGACUAAGACCUCUGGAAUAUUGGCGAGGCGAGCGUGUAAACUAUACGAUGAGGCCUUCAGGAGGGCUUGUGAUUAGUGGAAUAGUGUGUCCAGAAACAGAACCUCACAGGAAGAUUAUACGGAGGAAGGGUGGUCACAAGCAGAAAAGAGAUGAAACAAGAAGUGACAUACCUGCAGAUUUGUAUCACACACUAGCUGAUACUUCUAAGCCAACCGCUGUACUGGACCCAGCAACAAGUGAGGAAGUACUUCUAGAAUGUGUUAGCACUGAAAGCUGUCACUUCUUCAAAGAUGAAUCAGUAGAAAUAUAUAAAAAUUUAAAUACAUCUGCUUUUGCCACUGGUAGAUUGAUUUUGAAACCAUUUAAAGAAAAGGGACACCAGUUUGUCCACAUGGAUACAAUAGCUUUCCAUGUUAUCCACGGAAAAAUUAUUGUCACCUUACAUCGGACAUCAUAUUAUCUGACUACAGGGGACUUCUUCUAUGUUCCAGCAGGAAAUGGAUAUAACAUACGUAAUCUUCUGAACGAAGAAAGUAUUCUUGUCUUCACACAACUCAAAAAAGACAGGUGA